UACCACCGUCUCUUCUCCACAGUAUAAAAUGCACCGCGUGACUUGACUCUGUAGUUAGUUGUAGAGAGAAAGACAGAGAGAGAUUUACAAUGGGAGUGAUGAAGAAAUGGUCGUCGCUGAAGAAGAAGAAGCAGCAACAAGAGGAGGAGCAAGUCACGUCUAAAGAAACUCAGACAUGGCGGCGAUUAAGGAAUCUGUUUUCUACGUCUUCAACGCCGUCGUCGGGGAAGUGGAAGCGAGUAGAGAUUAUAUUGCUGACAGAGAUAGUGGACGGAGUAGUUUACAAGGUCAUGUAUGUUGUUGAAGCUUUCGUUCUCGUUUCGACGCUCUGCUUCUUCUACCUUUGUUGUGGAUGCCACAUCUGAAUUUUGCUGCUCUCAUUAAAUUAUUCUUUGGGAUUCAUAUUUGUUCUGUCUGAGGUGUAGUGUUAGUCUCAGUUUUAUACAAAUAAGCUUAUAUGUAAUCUGAUCGUUCCAUUACUUA